AGCAGUGUUCUUAUAUUCUGAUGAACAUAAAACUGUUUAGAAUGGGCUAAGUGAAGCCCAUCUUUAUUUGCCAGCCCAUCGUCAGGGGAGAAGGGGGUAUUGGUAUUUCCCGAUCUGAUUUGUUUCAGUGAGAGAGAGGACCUUCAGACCUAAAUCCGUCGCACCAAUGUUUGCAACCAAUCUGUCUGCCGCACCGGAUUUCUGGCACCAAUCUGUCCGCCGCACCGAUGUCUACCGGCAGUCCGUCCGCUGCCACGAUGGCCGCCGUCACUCCGUCUAUAGCAAAGCAGUAGUUAGGUAAGUAUUGGAAGGGUUCAUGAAGGGGGAAAAUGAGUCGCAGUUUUCAGCUCACGGAUGGUCGAUUGAUGGUAUAGCUGUGGAGCACAAGAUUUGAAUUUUUUGUUUCGUUUGGUGGGUAUUCACCUGGGUUUCAUAGAAGUGGUAUGCAGACGGUUAUCACCACUGUUAUCGACAAAUUGAAAGGCCCUCAAGGAAGUGGUUGGAGACAAUUAUCACCGAACUCUUUCUGCAGGCUACAACCACCUUUUUUGUAUGUUUCGGUGGUUACAAACGUGGGUGGGAUGGUUUCACGGCUGGAGGAGGCUAUAAAAGGACAAGUUCUUCCAGCAAAAAGAACAUUUCCCUUACACCCAUUCUCUUCCCCUUUUACCCAUAAGAAAUUGAGAGAACAAGAUGGCACCGCAGCCGCUAAAGGAUCUCUCCACCAAUUCCCAGAAAUGGAUCAUUCAAACUCGGGUCUCUUGGAAGUGGAUAGCAACAAACUGCAACACUAGAAAGCUUCUGCAUUUGGACUUGGUCCUCAUCAAUUCAGAGGGGUCAGAUAUUUGGGCUAUGAUUCCUCCAUUUCUGAUUCCAAAGUUUGAAUCGACUCUGAAAGAGCAAGAAGUCUAUGAGAUUAGACAUUUCAAGGUUACUCUUGCGAAGAACGCAUUCAGGCCAGUGCCCAAUCGUUUGAUGUUAGAGUUUGAUUCAGCAACUUUGGUCCAACAUGUGAAAAGUUUUCCAAGCAUACCGUCCUACAAGUUUUACUUUCUCGAGCACUCUGACAUGAUGCAGAGGCUGUAUGACAAGAAGAAUUUAUCGGUCACCUCCAAAAUCUCAGCAACAAAAUGUUGGAAAGAUAUCACACUCAAAUUGAUUGAAGGUGAGAUGCUAAGGGUGACUUUAUGGGGAAGUAUUGGAAACCAACUAGAUGACAUUGUCUCCCACAGUGAAGGUCGACCAGUGAUUCUCACUAUUACCUCUGUUUUUGUUGACGAAUAUAAAGGGGAGCUUUGUCUAUCGUCCACAGGGGCUACAUUUUUUAAGGGAUGGCAGGUUGAAUGCACCUAUCCUGCUUGUUGAGGAACCAGCCCCUGAGGUUCAAAAAAUUUCCAUAGCUCAGCUUAACGAAUUCAAAACUAUGGAAGAGAAGAUUGCAAGUUUUUCUUUACAAGUCAUAAAAAUCAUUGAAAUUUCUAAUAUAGCUAUUAUUGAGUUAAACUUUCUGUAAAUUUCAGGAUCAAGUGUUUCCUGUUGAAGGUCAAGUCAUUCAAGUACGAUCCAAUUGGUUUUACAUGGGCUGUGUUGGCUGCCCUCGCAAAGUGGAAGAGGACUUGGAUGAGUAUUUUUGUGGACACUCCAAUACCACCUCUAAAAGUGCAGCUCUGCCAAGUAAUUUUUUUAGCUACUGUCACAAUGUUGCAAUGUGGUUGCUUUUGACCUUCAACAAUAUUGUAGGAUCAUGUUUGAUAUAAGGUGGUUCCGAUUAUGAAGAAUGAGUUUAGUAGUUUGCUUUUCAUUUAUGGGCUCUUAGUAAGCAACUUGCUCUUCAUUUAGAUUGUAAUAUAUGUGAUUUAAUCAAAACAGAAAUAGUUUUAGCUUGCCAUGGGUUGCUUAUAAUUGGAGUUUCCAGUUUUUUUUUAACACAAUCAAAUUAUUAUGUGGUUUACUGAAAUGAAAGAAGUUACAGCUUGCUGUCAUUUGCGUUUAAUAGGCAUUUGUGUGUUUAUUCAAAAAACAAUAACACUCACCUUCGGACAACUACUACAAUUCAUAGAACAAACUAAUAGCAAAGGAACAACAUAAGUUUGUUUGUCUUAGUUAUGAAAAUUUGAUAGGAAGCAUGAACUUCAAACAUAGCUUCAGAUUUAGACUUUACUCACACAUGAAUUGAAAUUAAUUUUUGAUAUAGGCAUAGAGUGAAGCUUCAGUUGCAGGAUGAUUCUGGUGAAGCUGAUUUUGCAAUUUUGGAGCGUGAAGGACUGCGCUUCUUUGGCGUUAUGGCUGAUGUUUUAUUCCAAGGAAAUCAGAGGAAGAAGGAACCAAUUCCCCGGCAGAUUGAGCAAGUUGUUAGCAUGAAAUUGAAAGUGUAUGUUAAACUAACCCAAUUCAACUUCAUCAACCCUCAAGCCGAAUAUACUGUGGCUUGCAUAGAACAUGAUCCUCUUGACGUAAUGACGGCAGGUCAGUGUCACUUUCAUUUAGAGAUAAGAUUCAUUCAUUCAUUUCUCUUAUUACUCUAAUAACUUUUGCACCAACUCAAUGAGAAGUCACCUGCAUCCCAAACUUCAUUUCAUGCCAACAGCCAAGAAAUUAGCCCUGAUUUGGUUGAUGCAAACUUGGAGGAUAGCACUGCAAGUCCUGAAGCUACCGAAGAGAAUAACUUCAAGAGGCAAAAGAAGGCCCACGUGGUUGAUUCUGAUGAGGAAGAGAAGUAGUGUUGGAUUCUAGAAAUUUCAAUUAUUACUAAGUUCUUGGCUGUGAAACUUAUGUCUAGCAUUUUAUUGCUCAUAUAUGAGUUCUUUAUGGAUGCUUUAUUUUUAUGAAAUUUGGAACUUUAGAUUGUACAUAAUUUCAUCUGUCAGUUUCCAAAUACAAUAUGAAUUUGAAUGAGAAAUAAUAUUAUCUUCAGGUUUAUUACAUUAGCAGUUCAUUAUCCAUGUAUUUGGCAAAGCCACCUAGGCUUUCUAUUUUUCUUAGCAGCAAGUGCUCUAAGCUACAACUUUUGGACAACAUCAUGUUGCACUUCCGGAGAUUCUGCUGCUAGAACCUAUGGGAACUGAGUUGCUUCCUUCCUAGGUAGUUUGUUCAUUUCUUGGUUCUAUAUGUGAAUGUUAUUUCACCAAGAUCGAAUUCCACCGGCCAACGGGCCGGACCUGAUGCUAGUAAAUAAAUAAAUGAAAAGAAACUAUCCAGAAGCAACGUUACACAUGUUGCAAUUUCAAGGCCAAGGAUUUGUGUUUUGGCUUUUAACACCUUUGUUUUGUUAUUGGCAGCUUUGUGGGUAGGUUUAACCUAAUUAUUUUGGGUUGUUUAAGUUGGGGUAUUUGUUGACACCCAAAAUUAAUUUGGUUUAAAUUAAAUGUCGCAUUAAUGAGUCUUGAUAUUUAAUUCGAUGCCGAUUUAUAAAAAACGACACUAUUUAGAAUCAAGCGAUGUUGUGAAGAGGUAAAAUGGCACCGCGAAAAUCAAGGCUCACCAGCAUCGCGAGACUAGAAAACGAUGUUGUUUAGCCAAAAACGAUAUCGCGUGAAGUAUCAACUAUGUUGUGGUAUUGGUAAGAGAUGUCGUUUAGUUUAAAAAAAACAAUAUUGGAGUGGUUACGAGCUUGAUCCAAGGGCCACCAAGUCCAACGUGAAUUCAAAGUCGCCCAUAAUACCAAGAGCGACAUUAUUUAAUUGAAAACAAUGUCGUAAUGGCCAAGUUUUUAGAUUUGCCGGUACAAUUAACUAAAAUUUUUAAUGAUUAUUUUGAACGAUGUCGUUUAGUUGAAAACGACAACGCUAGUAAGUCCACCAAAUCCGUGGUACUUGAAAUGACAUUGUUUAGUAGAAAACAAUGUCGUGAGCGGCUUUGCAGUGUGGGGGGUGGAGUUGGAAAAUGAGUGCUCUCUAUUCCUUACCAAAGAAUGAGAGGAUUUUGCAAGGGGCCGAUAACAACAUUGUUGGUGGCGUGACCAACAUUGUCGUGAGGUAAUAAGAAACCGCGUUGCUUGGUAAAAUAAAACAACACCGCGAGAAGUCAAGACCCAACGGCAGCGGUGUAAUAAGAAACGACAGUGUUUAGU